AUGGACUCCUCACAAAGAUACUACACCUUGGCUGAAGGAGUACCUCUCCCGAGGAAUGACACAGUUCAGCAACUAUCAACUGGCUCUGGAGGGGGCUAUGUGCUACUCACGAGCACACAAUUACUAGAGAACCUUGCACAUUUUUCCCGCGAGAGAAUUCCGGAACGACCAGUUCAUGCUAAAGCGUCCGGGGCGAGAGGCUACUACCAAGUUACAGAUGACGUCUCCGAUAUCACAGACGCAGACUUCCUCAAUGGCAUUGGUAAAAAAACGGAAGUCCUCAUGAGAAUUUCCACGGUAGGCCCCGAGAAGGGAUCCCCCGAUACAGUGCGAGACUUUCGAGGAUUUGCCAUCAAAUUCAAGACCAAUAUGGGCAACAAUGACUGGGUUUUUAACAACCAACCUGUCUUCUUCGUUCGUGACCCUCUCAAAUUUCCCUCGUUGAACAGAAGUCAUAAACGACACCCUACGACGAACUCUUCAAAUGCUGAUAUGUUCUGGGACUUUCACGUUAAUAAUCAGGAGAGCAUACACGCCCUGAUGUUCUUAUUUGGGGACCGUGGUCUACCAGCUUCAGUCCGUCAUGUGAAUGGCUACAGUGGCAAUACCUAUAAAUUUACGAAAGGGGAUGGGGAGUCCUACUGUUAUGUCCGCAUAACGCUGAAGACCGAACAGGGAAUUAAAUGCUUGACCAAUUCCGAAGGUGCGCAACUAGCUGGUACACAGCCGGAUCGACAUAUUUUGGACUUGCAGGACGCUAUAAAAGCAGGUGAUUUUCCCUCGUGGAAUGUGUACGUUCAGGUCAUUCGUCCAGAAGAAAUUGCGCAGGCUCCAGUCGACCUUUUCGACAUGACCAAGGUUUGGCCCAAGAAGCUGUACCCGCUCCGAAAGAUGGGUCGGGUCACUCUCGACCGUAAUCCUGCCAACUGGUUUGCUGAGAUUGAACAGGCGGCGUUCAGCCCGAGUAAUAUGGUGCCUGGAAUUGGCCCAAGUCCAGAUCCAAUGCUUCAGGCUCGGAUGUUUGCAUAUCCGGACGCGUCGAGGUACAGACUCGGCGUGAAUUAUCAGUUCUUACCGACAAAUGCCCCAAAGAGCAAGGUGUAUUGCCCUAUUGAGCGCGACGGCUUCAUGAACUUCACAAAGAAUUACGGCGGAGAUCCGAAUUACAUCGGCACCAAGAUUAAGCCUGUCAAGUUCAUUGAGCAACAGGGAUCGAAAUCGACGCAUACACAAAGAAAUCAGAGGGCAACUCCUGAUCAUGCGCAGGUUUCGACACCAAUUUCAACGUUCACAGAGGCGACGGGAAAAGAUUUCGACCAGGCAAUUGGACUGUGGAAGAUCAUGGCGGGGCAGGAAGGAGCCCAGGAGCGAUUCGUCAAUAACGUGUCUGCGCACGUUAGUGAUGUAACUGAGAAAUGGAUCAGACACGAAGUUUAUGGUAAGGUCAUCCGCCUAUGGCUCACAUCCCCAUUCGACCGAAACUGA